AUGCCAUCCCCGAAUCCCAUCACUCCGCAUCAUCAUCUGCACCGACGCCCUCGACGCGGGCGAGCCUACACGACAGACGAAGAGAGCCCCGUUAAGCGAGCUUGCAAAGGAGCACCCGAGCCUCUCGAUACACUCGAUCGAAGACCUGGAGCGCGUCGGGACGGAGAGCGGCCGGCCGACGAGGCGGACGACAUCAACGUCAUCAACUACACGUCCGCCGUCAAACUGCUGCCGCUGCUUGGCAACGCCGGGGCCGCCCGACGCGCACCUUGUCGUAACUUGCCCCUCGCGCACACAUCCACGACCGCCUCGCCGACCAGAUGGCGCCGUGCUCCGGCACCGCCGCCGUCGGCUUCCGCGGCGGGAGGGACGUCCUCGGGCUGGGUCGCGGACCUGCACCUCCUGCGGCCGGCCGGCCGCGGCGCGCACAACCAGGCACCCGGUCCUCGAAGCGCUCUAGACGGGCCACCGUGCGCGCGUCUCGUCGUAAGCAGCAGCGCCUUCCUGCACCUUGCGACGUGCAGGCGUCCCUCGGUGCCGCGCUCGGUGCGCACCUCCGCCCAGGGACUACGGCAUGACCGAGUCCUUCGGGGCGCGCGGGCGGGCGCGCGGGCGCGCGGCGACAUGACGCACAGGGGCACCGUCGGCCCUCCCACGCCGCAACGUGGAGGUGCGCCUCGCCUCCGCGGCUACCGCGUCGACGACGAGCCGCGCCCCGCGUGGCGAGACGCGCGGGAGGGUUCGACGUCGCGCACGGCUGGGUUCCGCCCCAGCGACGUCGACGACCGGGGCUGCUUCGGGAUCAUCGACCGCAGCAAGAAAGUGCUGAAGCUGGCGCAUGGCGAGCACGUCUCGCCGGAGCGACUAGAGGGUGCGUACCUGCUGCGCCGCUCGCGUCCGCGUAAUGUCCGUGGCGACGCGGACCCGGCCUGUCUCGUUGGCGUCUUGAGCGUGGAGAGGGUUCCGUUUGCCGCCUUUGCGAGCACAAUCCUGGGCCGGGAGCUCGAGCCGAACGACGACGACGCCCUACGACAGCGCCGCAGUCCCCGUCGGCGGUCAAGGGCAUGUCCGGACAAUAUACAAAAUUUCGCGGGAGCAGAGGUUCAACAGCUACGAGAGGAUACGGGCAAUUCGCCUGGCAGUUGA